UGGGCUGCUCAACAGCCUCUGUCCCAAGAAUGAGCUUUACCAGAAACCCUUCCCUGAUUCUGACAUGAAUUCUGAUGCUUGCUGAACCCCAGCUGCUGGCUUCCAGGAGCGGUACUAAGGGAGCCCUAAGGAGUCGCUGCUCAGGUGCGGCCAGCCCUUGAGUCCACCAUGAACUGGAGUGUUUUUGAGGGACUCCUGAGCGGGGUCAACAAGUACUCCACAGCCUUUGGUCGCAUCUGGCUGUCCCUGGUCUUCGUCUUCCGUGUGCUGGUGUACCUGGUGACAGCUGAGCGCGUGUGGGGGGACGACCAGAAGGAUUUUGACUGCAACACCAGGCAGCCCGGCUGUACCAAUGUCUGCUACGAUGAGUUCUUCCCUGUGUCCCACGUGCGCCUCUGGGCUCUGCAGCUCAUCCUGGUCACCUGCCCCUCUUUGCUUGUGGUCAUGCACGUGGCCUAUCGAAAGGCUCGAGAGAAGAAGUACCAGGAAAAAAUUGGUGAAGGGUGCCUUUACCCGGACCCCGGCAAGAAGCGGGGCGGACUCUGGUGGACAUACGUCUUCAGCCUAUCGUUCAAGGCCACCAUAGAUAUUAUCUUCCUCUACCUCUUCCACGCAUUCUAUCCCAGGUAUACCCUCCCUUCUAUGGUCAAGUGCCAUGCGGAGCCAUGUCCCAACACAGUGGACUGCUUCAUCGCCAAGCCCUCUGAGAAAAACAUCUUCAUUGUCUUCAUGGUGGUCACGGCCGUCAUUUGCAUCCUGCUUAACCUUGUGGAGCUGAUCUACCUGGUGAUUAAGCGGUGUUCUGAGUGUGCACAGCUAAGGAGACCACCCACUGCACGUGCAAAGGAUGACCCAAACUGGGCCAACUCUCCCAGCAAAGAGAAGGACUUCCUCUCAUGCGACCUCAUCUUUCUGGGCUCGGAGGCUCACCCGCCUCUGUUACCAGACCGCCCUCGAGCCCACGUGAAGAAAACCAUUCUGUGAAGGGUCCCUAGACUGGACUGUCGGGGUGGGCAUGACCUGGAAGGUUCCAGCAUCUCUCAUUUCUUUCUUUUCUUUUCUUUUUUUUGUUUUUGUUUUUGUUUUUGUUUUUGUUUUUUG